AGAGGGCGGGGAGGAGCAGGAAGUGAGUAGCGCUAGGCCGGGCCUAGGUAGCGGCUGCAGUGAGGAGGUGCCAGUCUUUCCCAGGCUGCAGUGCGCACCAGUGAGAGGAGGAAGGAUAGAGCAGUCGGGCCGCCGCUUCCCUCGCCAUGUUGCAGUGAGUGCGGUUCUCCCAGAAGCCCCAGUGUCUGUGCGUGCGGCCCGGGCUCGGCUCUGGAGCUGUUUGUGAUCCACUCGUGUGAAGAAGCUCCUUAGAACUAAACAUUUGGUAUUUGUGUGUUCAGGUCCCCAUGUGGAAUGAACGUUCCAUGUGUCGUAGGUAUGAAUGAAGUGGCCUGGCAGGAGAGCAGAGGAAUAAUGCAUGCAAGCAGUGGUCAGGAAGCCCUUGGGGUUGGAGUAGGGAUGGUCCCAUCUGGAGUGUCGUCGGCUCGCGGAAAUAACCCACAUGCCAUGCCUCCGGGUGCUCCCAGUGCCCAAGUGCCGAUGAGCGGCCGUUCUCAGGAUGAUGCAACGGUGGGAUAUUUCUUCCAGAGGCAGGCUGGAGAACAGCUCAACGGCUACUCCAAUAAGCACCGCUGGCCAACAGGAGAUGGCAUAGAUGCUGCGGUGAGGUCUGUGGAUGAAAUGAAUCAUGACUUCCAGGCUCUUGCAUUAGAAUCUCGUGGAAUGGGCGAGCUUUUACCAGCCAAAAAGUUUUGGGAACACGAAGACCCUGCAAAAGAUGGACAGAAAGGGAUGUUCCUCGCUGAUGAAUGGAGAGAAAAUACAUGGGGGGCCUCUCACCAUUCCAUGUCCCAGCCGAUUAUGGUGCAGAGGAGACCCGGACAAGGCUUUCAUGGGAACCACGAUGUCACUUCUGUUCUGUCGCCUCGUUCAGAGAGUGGUGGUCUCGGAGUGAGCAUGGUAGAAUAUGUCUUGAGUUCCUCCCCUGCUGAUAAACUUGAUCCACGAUUCAGAAAAGGAGUGUUUAGUGUCAGAGACUGUGAAUUGGAUGGACCAGAGAAAGGUGAACAGAAAUGUAAGGCAUCUCCCUUUGAAGAGGAAAAGAAACGUGACCUGAUAUCCGCUGACACAGACAACGUCUCCAAAUUAAACGGUCGGGGACUGCCGAAUGGCAUCGAAUCGGACUGCAAAGAUUUUAAUCGGACUCCAGGAAGCCGUCAGGCUUCACCCACGGAAAUAACGGAACGUAUUGGCCCCAACUCUAUCUCUGCUGAAGUUCUUGGACAACAUCAGAACCCCAUGAGCAACAAACCCUUAUCAGAUGAGUUCCCUUCCACUGAAAGCCAGAAUUUGGAUGGCAUGGAACAGGUUGGCCUACACUCAUUACAGUUUGACUAUCCUGGUAAUCAGAUACAAAUGGACUCAGCGGGAGCAGGUGUGGGCUUGUUUGACUACAAUACUCAACAGCAGAUGUUUCAGCGGCAAAAUGCACUGACGGUUCAGCAACUAACAGCAGCUCAGCAGCAACAACAGCAAUUUACCCUGGCAGCAGCUCAGCAACCUCAUUUAGCUGGCAUGUUUUCUACGGGCUUGGCACCAGCUGCCUUUGUACCGAACCCCUACAUCAUCAGCGCAGGUCAUCCAGGCGCAGACCCUUACACAACUCUAGCAGGCCCUGCGGUUGUCUCUCCACAAUAUUAUGGCAUUCCUUGGGGAGUGUACCCAGCGGGCUUAUUUCAGCAACAGGCAGCUGCCGCAGCCCAAGCAGCCAACAGUAACAACCAGCAAGCAGCAACACAGGCAUCGCAAGGACAGCAGCAGGUUAUGAGGGCCACAUCCAAUCAGCGCCCGCUUACUCCUAAUCAGGCACAGCAAGGACAGCAGCCAGAAUCGCUUGCAGCAGCAAACCAAGCUCAGAUAUUUGGACAGGGUCUUGCAACCAGCAUGCCAGGCUACCAGCUCCUCACUCCCACUGCCUACUAUGAUCAGACUGGUGCCUUGGUGGUUGGUCCCGGAGCCCGAGCAGGACUUGCUGCCCAAGUACGUUUAGUGGCUUCUGCUCCAGUUCUUCUCAGUCCCGCCGCUGCUCAAGCUGCUACGGCGACUGGUGCCAACAGCCUUACCGGAGCCACAAAUGGUAUGUUCAGACAAAUGGGUCCUCAGCAGCAGCAGCAGCAGCAGCAUCAGCAGCAGCAGCAGCCCAACGCAAACCUUCACUCCAACUCUUUCUACGGAAACAGCACCAUGAGCAACAACUCUCAGAGCAGCUCCCUGUUUUCUCCUGGGCCUGGGCAGCCAGGAAGCACAUCCCUCGGAUUCGGAAGCAGCAAUUCACUGGGGGCAGCCAUUGGAUCUGCAUUUGGGGGAUUUGGGUCAUCGGUGGGCAAUUCCGCAGGUAGUAGUGGCUCAAGGAGAGAUUCCCUGUCUGCUAGCUGUGACUUGUACAAAAGGUCUAGCAGCAGCCUAGCAGCCAUAGGGCAGCCAUAUUACAAUAGCCUGGGCUUCUCCUCUUCUCCGAGUCCAAUAAGCAUGCCUCUGCCAAGCCAAACGUCAGGACAUUCACUAACGCCACCGCCAUCCCUUUCAUCACAUGGAUCCUCAUCCAGUUUGCAUUUAGGGGGACUGACCAAUGGCAGUGGCCGUUACUUCUCUGCAGCACCAGGGGCAGAGGCAAAGUAUCGGAGUGCUGCCAACACCUCCAGUUUCUUCAGCUCCAACAGCCAGCUUUUCCCCCCAUCCCGCCUGAGGUACAACAGAGCUGACAUUAUGCCCUCUGGACGCAGCAGAUUGCUGGAGGACUUCAGGAACAACCGCUUCCCAAACCUGCAGCUCAGAGACCUGAUGGGGCACAUUGUGGAGUUUUCUCAAGACCAACAUGGAUCCAGGUUUAUUCAGCAAAAACUGGAGCGUGCCAGCCCUGCAGAACGGCAGCUGGUGUUCAGUGAGAUUCUACAAGCUGCCUAUCAGUUGAUGACUGACGUAUUCGGAAAUUAUGUGAUUCAAAAAUUCUUUGAAUUUGGGAGCAUGGACCAGAAACUGGCGUUGGCAACGCGGAUUCGUGGCCACGUUCUACCAUUGGCUUUGCAAAUGUACGGCUGCCGCGUCAUUCAGAAGGCCCUCGAAUCCAUAUCGACUGACCAGCAGAGUGAAAUGGUGAGAGAGCUGGAUGGCCAUGUGCUGAAAUGUGUGAAGGAUCAGAACGGAAACCACGUGGUACAGAAGUGCAUCGAGUGCGUCACGCCGCAGUCUCUUCAUUUCAUCAUUGAAGCUUUCAAGGGGCAGGUAUAUGUGCUCUCAACCCAUCCGUACGGCUGCAGGGUAAUCCAGCGCAUUCUGGAACACUGCACUCCAGAGCAAACCCUGCCCAUUCUGGAAGAGCUGCACCAGAGUACAGAGCAGUUAGUGCAGGAUCAAUACGGCAACUACGUGAUCCAGCAUGUGCUUGAACAUGGCCGUUCUGACGACAAGAGCAAAAUUGUGUGUGAAGUAAGAGGGCAGGUGCUGGUACUGAGCCAGCACAAAUUUGCCAGCAACGUUGUAGAGAAAUGCGUGACACACUCCUCCCGCACCGAGCGAGCGUUCCUGAUUGAUGAGAUCUGCUGCCAGAAUGAUGGUCCUCACAGUGCCUUAUACACCAUGAUGAAGGACCAGUACGCCAACUAUGUGGUACAGAAGAUGAUCGACAUGGCCGAGCCUGCCCAGCGCAAGAUCAUCAUGCAUAAGAUCCGCCCGCAUAUUACAACCCUGCGCAAAUACACUUACGGAAAACACAUUCUGGCCAAGCUGGAGAAGUAUUACAUGAAGAACAGCCCCGACCUUGGUCCUCUUGUCGGCCCAUCCAAUGGGAUGCUCUAGGGGGAGAAAACAAGUUCAGUUUAAGGUCUCCAGGAUGAGUUUGGGGGAAAAACACAAAUUCUUAUGAUUUUCAGCACCAAUCAUUUCUGCAUUUUUUUUUCUUUGAGAGUUUAAUAGAGAGAAAGCUCUUUUAUCUCCUUCUUUCCAUUCCUGCGGUUCCCAAGUGAAGGCCCACCCAGCUGCCCGGCCAGUUUAACCCCAUGGAAGCCUGUAAAUGAUGUAAUUGUACCUGUCACAUAUUUUGUACAUUUUUACCUUGUAAAGUUGCUGUAAAAAGUGGUAGUUUUUAAAGGGAACUUACAGUAUUUUAAUAGACUGCUCGGGCCGCUUGGGUCGGUCUUUCACAUGUGGAACUGGGCCUGAAGUGUAAAUAUAUUCCAGAUAUUAUCAGUUUCCCCUCCCACCUCAGCAACCCUGCUCGGGAGCCUUUAGAAAACCAAAUUCUUCCACAGUUCAAAGUUGAUAAAACAGUCUCCGGUGGGAGAAAAUUCCCAUGAACUCUUCCUGCACCUGAAUCUCUAGUCCAAUCAAUCACUGUAUCCGAUUUAAUUGACCCAUAUCUGUGUACAUGGAAUAACUUCCUAUUAGUGAUGUGCAGGUCAGGUUUUUCCCGAAUUUCGGGUUCCUUUUAUAGACCCGACCCGUCAAUGAUGUCAGAAAAAAGAGGCAGGUGCGCGGCUAUAAACCCAGAAGGUGGCGGGCAGGGAAAGCAGGAGAAGAGCUCAACCCGCACCCAUCUGCCACCCACGAAGAGGAGUGUGAGGUUGGCCCGAACCCCCCUGACCUGGCGGGUAUUGGGCCGGCCCGCACAUCACUACUUCCUGUGUACUUCCUGUGUACUUCCUGUGUACUUCCUGUGUACACCGAUAUGGGCCUGGUUGUCCCGCAGUUGAUUCGUGUCCCUUGCUUCUUAUCACCGGACAGUGUCCCUGGUCAGUCCCUAGUCAGGUGCAAGGGGAGGUAGAGAUUUGUGCCCAGCUUCAGUAGGUGCAGGGGAUGCCUGGGGGACACAGAAGAUGAUAAUGGCUGAACACUUUGCUGUAAAAUUCUGGCUUGGGGAGGCAUGUGAGCGAUUAGAAUCACUGGGGCUCAUUUAUAAACAGUGGGCAAAUUUGCACCUGGGCAGUAUACCCAUAGCAACCAAUUAGUGAUUGGCUUUUUUCAGGUUGAGCACUGAAAGCAAUCUGUUUGCUAUGGGUUACUGCCUAAGUGCAAAGUUGCCCAGUGUUUAUAAAUGAGCCCCACUGUGAGUUGCCUAACAUUGCCUCCUCUCCUGCUGAUUUUACCUUGAGUUCCCCUUUAAAUGAUAAACGGGGCAGCUAAUUAUAUGCACAGCCUCUGCUUCUCUGCCUGUAUGGCCCUGCUUCUCUACACACACUGAUCUGUCCUUAUAAAUACAGCGGGGGGCAUUUAUCAACACUGGGCGGUGACCCAUGGCAGCCAAUCAAAUCGUUGCAUUCCUUGUUCUACCUCUGCAGCUGGCUGAAAAAAAAAAAAAGCCAUUCACUGAUUGGUUGCUAGGGGUAACUGCCCGCUGGCCAAUUAGCCCAGUGUUGAUAAAGGAGCCCCAGUGUGUUUUCAAACCCCCAUAAUCUUCCAUAAACCCACCCUGUCCCCUUUUCUGGAUGUAGAGGAAGAAUAGACCUUCACUCACUACAUUGAAUUAUGGUUCAUUCCAGUGUUCUGGCAGCUUUUCUGCUACAACCACUUAGCCUUACACUGGAGUCCAGGAGCAGCACCUCCAUGAAUUCCUCCAGCACAUACGCAGCCCCCGGGGAGACUCUCCACCCCCCCACACCUGAUAUAAUAUUUGUAUAAUCUCAUUUGUUUUAUUACCCCACUUAGUAAUAGAAACGUGUGAUCAUUUUAUUUCCUAUUUAUCCAGAAGUCGUAGCCUGUAGUUAUAGAGGAUUAGAGGCGACAGACAUAUAAGCAUGUGACCUGCAAUCGUUUAAUAUUAUUUCUCCCCAUAUAAAUAUAUCGCUUUGUAUUAUUGUAUAAGUGCAACUAAACGGAUUAGGUGUAAGUUUACAGUUUUGGAAGGCAAUUUCUCGUUUCGUCGUUUAUGACGGACUUCGGCUUCUUUUUUUUGUAGUAGCGACUGUUGUACAGAUGUACAUUUGUAAACCUUUCUGCUGUAAAUGUCAUUUCUUUUACCCCCAGCCUUUUUUUUGGGAGGGAAGGCAAAUAAUUCGCAUUUUUAGUGUACAUUUUGGGUCUCUCUAAUUGCCUUGGCAAAUAGUAUUGUAUAAUGUAAAUUUCUUUCUCUGAAUCAAGAUUUUUUUUUUUUUUUAAUCCAGUCUUUAUGUAGCUUAAAUAAAUCUAUAUAUAUAUAUAUGUCUAUAUGUAUACACCGACGACUUUCUAUUUAUCUACUGCUGGAAAUCUUCACGUUUUUACCACCGUGGGGCUGUCCGACUAGCGGCUCUGCCUUUGUUGUAGGGAUGCACCGAAUACUUCGUUAAAGAUUUGGCCGAAUACCAAAUCCACAUCCUAAUUUCUAUAUGCAAAUGAGGGACAGGAAGAGAAAAGGUCACGUGAUGUCCCUUUCCAUCCCUAAUUUGCAUAUGCAAAUUACUCCCUUGUAAGGGAAAGUCUUGUGAUUUCCCAGCCCUAAUUGCAUAUGGAAGGGAAAUCACGAGACUUUCCCCUCACCAAACAAGGAAGUAAUUUGCAUAUGCAAAAUAGGGCUGGAAAGGAAAAUCGCAAGACUUUCCCUUACAAGGGAGUAAUUUGCUUAUGCAAAUUAGGGCUGGAAAAUCAUAAGACUUUCCUUUACAAAACAAAAGUAAUUUGCAUAUACAAAUUAGGGCUGGGAAGGGAAAUCGCGUAACUUCCCCCACAAAACAAGAAAAUUGCAAAACAAGGAAGUCAUUUGCAUAUACAAAUGACUCCCUUGUAAGGAAACGUCACGUGAUUUCCCUUCCCAGCCCUAAAUUUCAUAUGCAAAUUAUGUCCAUUGUUUUGUAAGGGAAAGUCUUGUGAUUCCCAGUCCUAAUUUGCAUAUGCAAAUUAUUUCCUUGUUUUGUAAGGGAAAGUCACAUGAUUUCCCUUCCCAGCCCUAAUUUUCAUUUGCAUAUGCAAAUUAGGAUUUGUUUCAGCCAGGCACAAGGAUUCGGCCGAAUCCUACUGAAAAAGGCUGACUCCUGGCCAAAUCCUGAACCUGUAUUCGUUGCAUCCCUACUUUGUUGUUGCGCUAAAACCCCCCGCAUCCCACUUACGGGUGAUGCCGCGAGUUGUAGGGCAACAACGUAUAUGCGAAAGCCGCAGUUUCCUCAUCCCUGGCCUCAAAUGUAAAGAGAACUGGAUGCAGAACACUUUUAUGUAGGCAGAAUGUGUGUGUACAAAAAAAGAAAAAAAGUGAAAAUGUUUUUCUUUGUAUAGAAAAUGUACUGUAUUUGUAAUUAGCCUCCUCCAAACAGCCGGAUAUGUAAGAUAAUUGCAGCCUACAGAAGAUGCUUCAAUAACCUGCAGAUUAUGUACAUGUUACAAAGCGCCUUAUGUACAUUUCCCAGUGAUCUUUUUAAAGGCAGAAGGUUGACCACACGUGUAUAAUUAAAAUACUUUUUAAUCCUU